ACGAACGACGUGAGCAGUCACAGCGUGCCUCACAAUUUAUUGGACAAUAUCUAUUACAGGGUUGGGCCUUAAUCGAUGAAAUAUGCCCAAAUGAUACCUGUUACGGUGUGAGUGAUAAUUUUAUGAUACCAUUAUUACGUUCCCGAGACAAAAAAAAAUAUUGUGUGAUUUGCCAACAUUAUUGCAUAAAUGAAUCUGAUUUGGAGAAUUCAAAAUCCAAAAUUAUGCGUGAUUUGACACCGCAAACAUCCACAUCAUCCAAUAGAUCCGUACUUGAUGAAGAAAAGCGCAAAGUUUACACCAAAGAUACAGAGAUCAUAGCCACCUCUUCAUUUAAUGAAACGCUUAGUACAGCACAAAAAACCAUCAUAACAAAAAUUGAAGAAUUAAGCGCUCGUUUACAAGGUACCAUCGAUGUAUCUGAAGUUAGGAGUAUAUGUGGGGCAAUGGAAGGUUGUGCUAAGGCUUUGGAAGCUUUGAGAGCGUUAGAAAGGACUUGA